GCCCUGUGAUAACCUCUCAAUCGUUUAGCAUAUCAGGAGCCAAACAUCAACAAUCGCAGCCAUCUCAGGGCGUGGUGUCUCUCAGCCGCACCGAGCUGUGAAAUUGAUUAGACGUGCGGCUAACGGGGCGCGCUUCAGAGCUACUUGCUAUUCCAGUCUGCCCCACGCCUCGACACAGAAACGUCCUACAGUAUCUAACUGUUUACUCUCGUCUUUACGACCAGUUUGCUGCUGGCUCCUUGCAACAGACACUAUCUAAUCUCCACUAAUAAACCAAAGGACAAGUUUAUCACAGAAAAUUAAGCAACAAGCAAACAAGCGGCGAAAGAAUUCACUGUGCGUAGAGCUUCUAAUAACGUUAUCGCAUCCUGAUAUAAAACACAAUAACAACAGUGCUCGAGUCAGUCAACAACGGUGCCUUCACUGCAGCGGUCAAAAAUGAGACGCGCCGUUUUUUUGCUAAGUUUUUGCUGUUAUUCGUUAGCGAAGAACUGCGACGAGAGAUCCGUUACCGCGUACUACAAAAAACCUAUCUAUGAGUUUUCAACCGGGCUUUUAGAUAGAGUUUCCCAAGAAACUGAUGGUCAUUUCGUCUGUUCACCGAUAAAUUCGUGGAUGCAGCUCGUGAACCUAGCACAAGGCGCCCAUGGAGCUACCCUGAAGCAGAUCUGGAAGGUGACCGGACAUGGGAAGCCCUGUAUGCAACGGACUUUAAGAAAAACCCUCAACAGCUUUUACGGGAAUGUGAAGAACUAUAAAAGCCAGAGUUUAGUGAUAGUGGAUAAAUAUUUAGCAGUGAAAAAGAAUUUUAAAAGAAGAGUUGAACGAUCGAAAACAGUUAAAGUGGUAUCGUUAGACAGGGAUACUGCUUAUGAGUCUGCAGAUCAAGCCAGUGAGAUUAUAAAAAGAGCUACUGGAAUUCGGAAUAGUAUAGACCCGUUCGAGUUUAUGCUGACCUCUCUGAUGUUGGCUGAUGUGGCAACAUUCAAAGCAGCUUGGCGGCAACCUUUCGAUCCUGGAUUCACCGCUCGAGAGCCUUUCUAUUUCUAUCACGGAAGCAGAAAAGCGGGUGAAGUUAAUAUGAUGUCCAGCAUAGGAUACUUCAACUACAUUAACUUAACAGCUAUUAAUGCCGAAGUUUUGGAGCUUCCAUGCAUUGACGAAAGGCGUUCUAUGCUCAUAUUUCUGCCAACAAACGGGACUAUCAAAGAUUUAUUUUUCCACAUGAAACGAAUAAGGAUACCGACUAUCUUCAACCUUUUUAAGAAAUCCAAAAACAAACUGGUCGUCUUAAGAUUGCCUAGGUUUAAGAUAAGCAGUGAAAUUGUGAACUUACCAGAACUGAUCAGCGAUAUGGGUGUGUCAUAUAUUUUCAAGUCUAACGGUAAUCUUAAGGGUAUAAGUGAUUUUCCGAUACGAGUGAAUAGGAUGAAGCAAGUGGUGGAGAUAGAGGUGACGGAGGAGGGUGUUGCCGCUGAGAUAGUUCAAAAUCUAAUUGAUCCAGAAGUGGAACCGAUUAAGUUUGCGGCGGACAGACCGUUUGCCUUUAUGUUGGUAGAUAAACCGACAGAAAUUGUAUUAUUUGCUGGAGUAUACUCUAUCCCCUCAGUGUUCUAAUUAGUAGUUUGUGACUGCGGCCGUUUCAUAAAAAACAUCACACAAGUGUUUUAAUGUCUAAUUGUGUACAUACACUGCUUUAUUUAUACACAUAUUAUAAGCUCUCUAUAAUACAUUAUGAAGACGCAUGUUACGACCACCAUUACGGCAUUUUGAUCACAUUUUGAAAUUGAUAUUUAAUUUCGAAUAAAACGUCAUUAUAUUGAUAUCGACGUUAUUAUUACGCAAUAACAACAUUUUCACAGAUACAUUUUGUUGUAUUAUAACAGUAUUUUCACGCUGGCAGAAAUUUGCGGGUUUUAAACAGGUCAUAGAGUUUAAUGAUAAUGUGUGUAGACUGUAGAGAAAUGUGUCGUUCUCAAGUCGAAGGUACCACAUUGUCGCUCUGACAGGUUAUUCGUAGAUGCAAGCAAAUUUAACCCUUAUGGCAAGCGACAAUGUGGUACCUUUUACUUGAGAACGACGCAAAUAAUGUGUGAUUUUCGAGUGUGUUACAAUAUGGAACGUUAAUUUCCUAGUCGUGUGAAGUUAAUGUCGUGUUCCGACGACACUUCAAGGUCUUUGUAAUGACCUAAAAGUUUAUUACUUUACUAUUCAGGUCUUGUUUUUAGGCUACAACUUUACCUUGAGCAGGUAUUUACCAGUGAAUCUCUAUGUUAAUAGUAUUUAUUUACCUUACGGUGUAAAAUAUAACGAAAUAGGUACAGAAAAUUUGCAUUUUUAUGAUUAGGUGCUUUCAUCCAAAAUUUUGGGCAGAUAUUUUAUUUAUUUUUUAUUUUUUCGUUACGUUUGCAUAAACUUUGGCUGGUUGAAGAGCUCAUUCUGGGCGUAAUAAAUAAGAAAUCACAACAUUUCCCAUGAGCCCAAGAAUUUCCAGAUUUGAAACAAUCAGGUCCAAAAAUACGCGAAGCGUUUUGCUUCCACAUUUCUUAUGCGAACUGCCAAGGAGUGGAACGCCCUGCCCGAGUCUGUGUUUCCGCAUGAGUACAAUUUGGGGCUCUUUAAGGCAAGAGUUAAUAGGUAUCUCAUAGGUAAGCGUGCUCCACCGUAGACCACCAUCAGGUGGGAUCGUGGUCAAACGCCUGCCUAUUCAUCAUAAAAAAAAAGGUUUUCAGUAUUUAUUUUAGAAAACGUCCUCGUACGUUUCCGUGAGAAUACGAUAGAAAAUAAUUCUGCACUACAUCUGUACACGUUUUUGUCUAAAUAUUAAAAAUAUUUUAUGUGUAAUUGAAUCAAACCAAGCCCGCGAAAACCUAACUCCGCUGUCUGUCUGUCCGUCUGUCACCAGGCCGUAUCUCAUGAACCGUGAUAGCUAGACAGUCGAAAUUUUCACAGAUGAUGUAUUUCUGUUGCCGCUAUAACAAAAAAUACUAAAAACAGAACAAAAUUAAUAUUUAAGUGGGGCGCCCAUACAACAAACGUGAUUUUUUUUGCCGUUUUUUGCGUAAUGGUACGGAACCCUUGGUGCGCGAGUCCGACUCGCACUUGGCCGGUUUUUGCAUGAGAUGAGACAAAAUUUAGAUUAUAAUUUUUCUCAUGUAAAAUGUAAUCUGUAGCUAGAAAGACAUACGUAACAAGACAACGAUAAAUAAUAAUUUUUCACCUCAGCAGCUCGAACAAGCCUACUUUCGUCACUCCCUGGAGUCCGGUCCGGUGCGGUCCGGUCCGGUCUCGUCUCGUAUCGUAUCGUAUCUUAUUGUAUCGUACAUAUUAUAAUACUUUUUUUUUCUGUUUAUUCUGUGUAAUUCGAAAUACAAUUUAACCUUUAAUAUGUUCUCAUUACUAAGGUGAAAAAUUAUGUGUGCAACACGAGAGCAAAGUUAUUUUACAUCUCGUGUUUUUGAGUCCCUCGCUACGCUCAAGAUUCUACCUUAGAAUCACUCGCUUCGCUCGUGACUCAAUUAUAGGAUCUUUCACUUUCUCGGGACUCGAAAUAAACACUCGCAAGAAAAACCAACUUUCCUCUCUUGUUGCACAAAUAACUAUUGUCCCAUUUAUGAUAGAAAAUAUUGUGGUAUAUGAAUAUUACCUUGGUUAACAUCACCUCAAUCAAAUCACUUAUUAGUAAAUAAAAUCACUACAUGUUACCAACGCUAAUAGUUUAAGUAAUUUUAGUUACAAUAACGCUUAUUUAU